GGGCGGGGCCUGGCGGCGAUGGCGGCGGCCCGCGGGUGGCGGCGCCGGGCGCUGCGGCUGCUGACGGCGGGCGGCGGCGUCCUGCUGACUCGCUUCCCGUUCUGGCACUGCUUCAGCGGCCUGCUGCUCUGCGCAGAGCGCGCCGACGGACGCCGGAAGCCUGACAUCCCCAUCCCCUACCUGUACGUGGACAUGGGGGUGGCUGUGCUGUGCGCCAGCUUCAUGUCCUUCGGGGUCAAGCGCCGCUGGUUCGCGCUGGGGGCCGCCCUGCAGCUCGCCGUGGCCACCUACGCCUCCCACGUCGGCGGCCACGUCCACUACGGGGACUGGCUGAAGGUGCGGAUGUACUCCCGGACCAUCGCCAUCAUCGGCGGCUUCCUGAUCCUGGCCAGCGGGGCGGGGGAGCUGUACCGGCAGAAGCCUCGCAGCCGCUCCCUGCAGUCCACGGGACAGGUCUUCCUCGGCAUCUACCUCAUCUGCCAGGCUUACUCCCUGCAGCACAGCACCGAGGACCGCUUGGCCUACCUGAACCACCUGCUGGGGGGCGAGCUGACCCUGCAGCUGCUCUUCAUCCUCUACGGGCUGCUGGCCCUCGCCUUCCUCUCCGGUUACUACGUCAGGGCCGCAGCCCAGGUGCUGGCCGUGCUGCUGCCUCCUGCCAUCCUCCUCAUCGACGGCAACCUGGGCUACUGGCACGAGUCUCGCCGCGUCGAGUUCUGGACGCAGAUGAAGCUGAUCGGGCAGAGCGUUGGCAUCUUCGGCGCCGUGGUCAUCCUGGCCACGGACGGCUGAGCGCGGGGGGGGGGCCGGGGGCUGCUCGGCAGCCCCUGCGGGGGGAGCUGCUGGCCG